AUGCCAUGGAUGACUGCAACUUUGGGCGUUGCAAUUAUUCUGGACCAUUCGGAAGCAGCCCAAAGCCUGCUUUCUGAACUGGUCGAGAGCAGCAAGCCUCACUUGAGGAAGGACUUGCAGGCCUUCGCACACUGCUUCCCUGACGACUAUCCUUUCGGCUACCGAAAGUGCUGUCGGGAUCAAUACACCCCGUGGUUCAAAGAACACAUGGAAGAAGUCUGCUGGGAUGUGGUUGCGAGCAUUACCUUUCAGAAUUGCUGUGUCUUCAAGUUCGGCCCCGAACUUCGAGGCCUUCCCUUCCCUGGUCACGAAGUCGCGCCACUUGCACCUGCGGAGUUUGACCUUUCUGUGGGCCGCCUGCGCUUGAGGUCCAGCCUGGAUGCCCGGCCCGAGGAGGCCGUGGAAAGCUUUUGGCCUGGCGGCUGGAUUUACGCACAGCUGGCCGCAGACCUCCCGACAGCGAUCCAGGACUGCACAGGUUUCGGCUGGGUGGCCGGAGCACAGGCCCUGCAGCCUCUUCGUGGAGGUUCUCUUCGGAUCCUCGACGUCAGCUGUGGGCUCGGAUUGAGUUCUAUUGCUGCAGCCCGGGCUGGCCACAACGUCACGGCCACGGAAGUGUCGCUGGACUUGCUCCGGGUGGCGGGCCGAAACGCGCAAAGGAAUCGCGCGCGGCUGCGUCUGCAGCGAUGGGACUUGUUGAGAGCCGCGCCAGCUUCUUCCGCACAUCUGCCACAACUUCCGCUGUACGACCUCUGUUUGGUGGACAUCGGCUUCGCAAACGAGCGCUUCCGGGCGGCGCAGCUGGGCUUGGAUGUUGAGGGCAAGCCCACCGUGGAGGCGGUUCUGGCAAGAACGCUCCGGCAGUUGCGGCAGCUGGGAGGCUGUCGGCUUCAUGCCUUUAUUGGGAGUACCAUUGUUCAUGAAGCCCAUGGCGUCCAUGGGAUCUAUGAACAUGGCGACGUUGCAUUUGCAAACUUUACCGCGGAGCUGCUUCGUGGGUUGGCGAAGUUGGGAGCCGGGAUGCGGCAGGCAGUGGUGAGUCCGCUGGGUUGGCUCGAGCGAGUGGGAUGGACACCACCCAUUUGGCACCACUUGAUCCUGUGGUAG